UCGCUUCCACCCCUAAAACCAACAUAGAAACUCCCGGCCGAUAAGCCUCUCGCAGCUCUCCCGGCAUCGGACUGUUAGCAGAGGUGGAGGCGGCAAAGGAGCCUCCUUUAAUGGUGGUCUGGGUAGUAAGACGAUGAAUUCCCACGCCCUAAAGCCCCUCAAUUGCCCUGUGAUUCAGAGACCCUUAAACCCUUCCUCAAGAUCUCCCUUUCGGUACACAUUUCCGUCGUCUCCAUCUCUGCCUUCUCUCUGUCAUCGUCUGCCAAAACGUAAUUCACGGCACGGAAGCAGUCGAAACCUCGUAUUUCUGGGACAGAGGAGGCGACCCUACAUUUGUGCCUGUAGUGCAUCCAAUGCGAGCUCGAGCUCCAAGUCGGCCCUGGUUAACUCAGUGCCGGGGGAAGACCCUGAGUCCACUCAGCUAUUCGAGAAACUGAAGGAUGCUGAAAGAGAGCGUAUCAAUAAGCUGGAAGAGCUUGAGCGCAAGGCAAAUCUCCAGCUGGAAAGACAGCUGGUCAUGGCCUCAGACUGGAGUCGAGCCUUGUUAUCUAUGCGCGGGAAGUUGAAGGGAACAGAAUGGGAUCCUGUGAAUUCGCAUAGGAUUGACUUCAGCGAUUUUCUGGGGCUUCUAAACACGAAUAAUGUUCAGUUUAUGGAGUACUCGAACUAUGGACAAACAAUAUCAGUCAUCUUACCAUACUACAAAAAUGGAAAGCAAGGGGAUAUGCAGCCAGAUUCACAGACAGAAGUAAUUUUCCGGCGACAUGUGGUUGACCGCAUGCCAAUUGACUGUUGGAAUGACGUUUGGAAGAAGUUGCAUCAACAAGUAGUGAAUGUUGAUGUUAUCAAUGUAGACACAGUUCCUGCUGAGGUUUACUCCACCAUAGCAACUGCAGUUAUAUGGUCUAUGCGGCUCGCUUUGUCCGUUGGUUUGUAUCUCUGGAUUGAUAGUGUGAUGAGACCAAUAUAUGCAAAGUUGAUACCAUUCGAUUUGGGAGUUCCUAAUAAGAAGAUACCACGGCCACUCAAGCGUCGAGCACUGGGAUCAUUGGGCAAGAGCCGGGCAAAGUUUAUAUCUGCCGAAGAAAAAACUGGAGUUACUUUUGAUGAUUUUGCUGGUCAGGAGUAUAUAAAGGGGGAAUUACAGGAGAUAGUUAGGAUACUUAAGAAUGAGGAAGAGUUUCAGAACAAAGGUAUCUAUUGUCCGAAAGGUGUGCUUCUUCAUGGACCUCCUGGAACCGGUAAGACGCUACUGGCUAAAGCUAUUGCUGGUGAAGCAGGCCUACCUUUCUUUGCUGCCAACGGUACAGACUUUGUUGAGAUGUUUGUUGGCGUGGCAGCAUCUCGUGUUAAGGACCUUUUUGCUAGUGCUAGAUCCUUUGCACCAUCAAUUAUUUUUAUUGAUGAGAUAGAUGCUAUUGGCAGCAAGCGCGGUGGACCUGAUAUCGGCGGGGGUGGUGCAGAAAGGGAGCAGGGACUGCUUCAGAUUCUGACUGAAAUGGACGGCUUUAAAGUUUCUACUUCACAGGUUUUGGUCAUCGGUGCUACUAAUAGAUUGGAUAUUCUCGACCCUGCUUUAUUGAGGAAGGGUCGCUUUGACAAGAUUAUAAGAGUGGGCUUGCCAUCAAAAGAUGGUCGGUUGGCGAUACUGAAGGUGCAUGCAAGGAACAAAUUUUUCCGUUCGGAAGAGGAGAAGGAAGUGCUGCUUCAGGAAAUAGCAGAACUCACAGAAGAUUUCACUGGGGCAGAGCUGCAAAAUGUUCUGAAUGAAGCAGGAAUUUUGACUGCCCGGAAGGAUUUAGAUUACAUAGGGCGGGAUGAGCUCCUAGAGGCUUUGAAGAGGCAAAAAGGCACAUUUGAGACAGGACAAGAAGAUAGUACCGAAGUUCCUGAGGAGUUGAAGCUGAGAUUAGCUUAUAGAGAAGCUGCUGUGGCUGUUCUUUCAUGCUAUUUUCCUGAUCCCCACCGUCCAUUCACUCAGACAGAUAUCAAUUCAAUUCGCAGCCAGCCAAACAUGCAGUAUAAGGAAAUCUCAGGCAGGGUCUAUGCUCGGAAAUCUGACUAUGUUAAUGCUGUAAUCAGAGCUUGUGCUCCUCGGGUAGUCGAGGAAGAAAUGUUUGGAAUUGACAACUUGUGUUGGAUAUCCGCGAAGGCAACAUUGGAAGCUUCUAGACUUGCAGAGUUCUUGAUCCUCCAGACAGGAAUGACUGCAUUUGGGAAAGCAUACUAUCGGGAUCAUAGUGAUCUUGUGCCAAAUCUUGCAGUGAAACUUGAAGCUCUUCGAGAUGAAUAUAUGCGCUUUGCUGUGGAAAAAUGUGCGUCUGUGCUGAGAGAGUACCAGUCAGCUGUGGAGACUAUCACAGAUAUUUUACUUGAGAAGGGAGGGAUCGAUGCUGAGGAAAUUUGGGAUGCAUAUAAUUCUGCUCCGCGAGUACCACAGCCCCCUGUGACUCCUAUUGAUGAAUAUGGAGCCCUAAUUUGUGCCGGAAGAUGGGGAAUUCAUGGUGUGACACUGCCAGGGAGGGUUACAUUUGCUCCAGGAAAUGUUGGGUUUGCAACCUUUGGUGCUCCUCGACCAAUGGAUACUCAGAGCAUCAGCGACGAGACUUGGAAACUUAUUGAUGACAUCUGGGAUAGAAGAGUUGAGGAAAUUAAAAAUGAAGCUGCAAUGGAGAUUGAGGAAGACAAGGAGAAGCCGGAGCUUCUUAUGGCCAGCCAUUUCCUCUGAUAAUAGCAUAUCAUUAAAUUGAACUGCACUGUUGUAAUGUAAAUCAAUUGUGGCGAAAAUCAAGAAGCCGCCUGCAUGACAGAAAGCCCUGGAGCAGGUGUUUGAGCUGAUUGCAUGACGCUUUGGAGUAACAUGUGUUAACGUGAAUGUUGUUUGUAAACUGCCACAGACAAGGCUCAUGUUGCCAGUUGAGAAAUGCAGAGAAUGACCAGAUGGUGGUCAGCACGGAGAAGACUUUCUUUUGAAGUUCAUUAGAAAUUGUAUAUUAGUCAAUAAAAUGUUGAGGUGUAAUUACUGGUAUCAUUCUUGUUACAAGCGUGCACCGGUGUAGGGUAGUCGGUCCCGGUUUUUGUUACAUAUGGGGAACUCAUUAGUUACACUAGUUCUAGUCUUCUUAUUUUGUAGAUUUAUAUCUGCUAUGAUCGAGGAUUUGCAUGCUCUAUCUUUAAUCUCUCAGUUUCAAGUUAAUUUUCAGAACUA